AUGUCAACAUCUGGACAUCUGAACAAACAGGGAAAGCAAUCGCCAUUUGGUCAGGGCUGUAUAAAGACUCCUGACCAUCCCAACCAAUGGCAUUUUCAGUUCCUAUCGAAUACAGCCUCCAAAAUUAUGUCCAACUUGUGGUAUAUACAGUCCAUACAACUUAUAUUUAUUAUUGCCUCGACAGCUGCAGUGGCGGUUUUCGAUCGGAACGCCAGCCGCCCAUAUGUGGUGAAAGAUACCUGGGUGGAGAAUUUCGUCAGAUUCCAAUAUGUUUUCGAAGGAAAGAACGCCAAACCGAAGAUCAUGCCACUAGGUUGUGUGCCGACUAAUCGAAAUGAUGGCGAUCUAUUGGAAGUCGGCAAGCGAUUCACUGAUACCGAUUGUUGUGUUUGCAUGGCGAACGAAAGCGAAGAUGGGGUGAUAAGUUAUGACGCUUGUUCGUGCGUGGAUAUGUUCGGCAAAGAAAUGAUGCUUGGCGAAAUGCGUAAACUGGCCAAUGGCACCGUGAUUCUUCACUGCAAUAUUUAUGGUGGAGCGCUCAAAAAGGUCGUUGAACGAGCGGCUGGUUGCUUUUUCAAUGACACGAUCUACGGUGAAGAGCAAUUAUGGAUAGAACCACUGAUAAACGAAAAGAGAAUGAGAAAGAAUAAGAAGCCAAAGAAGAUGUCAUCGAAUGCUAACGCGACACAAUUAACAGGACGACUAAUGGAAUGUUUCCGUCCUCACCACAGUUACUACGAGAGCCAUGUUAUCGGUAUGUCGUUCAAAUAUUGUCGUAGGCUGUGCCAUUGCGACGCUCUUUGCGUGCUUCGUUUUGACGAAUUCGUCCAGCUAAGUGUAGGACGCUACGCACAAUGUGAGCAGGACGACACGGGCAAUGUGAAACUGCGACCUAUCUAUCGUGUACGCACAACAACCAAAACCUAUACCCAUCUCAGCACAUGGACGGAUACCGAACGCGGAGCUCGAUUUACAUGUAAUUAUGGAAAUGUCCAGAAAAUAGGCUGUUUCUUCAAUGGCAGAUCGUUCGGUAUAGGCCAAGAGCUGCCGCUGACAAAUGGGUGCACGUUUUUGUGUCAUCCACAGAGCAACGUUUACGUAUGUGAUCAGCGGUUAGGGCAACUGGACUGUAGAAGAGAAUAA